GACGCACCAACCAGUCACAUUGAGGGGCCGUGUGGGGCAACAAGGUGCCGGGGACGCUCUCCUCGCCCUCACCACUCCUCCUGAGAACUCUUGUAACGUUUUCACUUAAGGAGCUGGAACACACGAUCACGUUAUUACAACAAGAUGGGGAAAUCAAAGUGAAGUUAGUGUGGUGUACAACUGUUGCUGGUUGAGCCGGUUAUCAAUUAAGUGGCAAAAAACGUCUUGCUUGUGGCGGCUCAGCCCUCGCGCAUAUCGUGUCAUGCAUCAAUGUCCUGCGACUCAUCUCACCCAACAAAAUGUUUCUCCAUGUAUAGCUACAUGUACAAAAAAAUUAACUACUUCCUUGUUUAACUGUACAUAAUCAAGUUUAGCGUACGACAGAAAAUACUGAAAUAACAAGAAAUACAAAUUCAGUGUCGUAUACAAACACCUUGGGGGGAAGCGUCUUUGCGUCAGCCCAAUAGAGUAACGUCAGUCGAGCCCAGAUCUGCCUUCUUCAACAGGUUCCUCCACACUCUAGCGGGUCCACCCAAUGUUUGGAAGCCUUGUCGUCACUGCCACGGACACCACCAGAACAGAUGGCGGGCAAGCCAGACGCUGUUCCGACUAUCAUCCUGCCCCGAUCCGACCUGACCCUGCACCGCGCCCCACCCUCACCGCUGCGCUGCACUCCGCCCACAAGACCCGCCCGUACAAACGCACGUUCAUCUCUCAAGUCUGUACCUGAGGGGUGGACGGGUAGUCUUCCCCACUCAAGUGUGUCCUGCGAAACAUCCUUUACCCAAGUUGACUACAACGUGUCAGAGCCGAGUGAACACACCAUGCCCACUAAACACUACAGUUCUACCCGUUCCAGGGUCUCCUCCAUCCGUUCCAGAACGUCCUCCGUCCGUUCCAAAGUUUCCUCCUUCAGUUCCAAAGUUUCCUCCUUCCGUUCCAAUGCCUCCACCCGGUCCAGGUCCUCCCCAAGGCGUUCCAGGACCUCCUCCAUUCGUUCCAGGGGAACUUCGACCCUGAGGAGGUCAAUCCACAGGAAUGGACCUCUAUACCGGAUUGCCAGGACCCAGGUGGGUUCUGUGAGGCGGUGGGCGGCCGUCGUGAGGAGGCGGAUGAUGGGAGCGGGCGGUGUGCCACUACUGACACCUGCCCGCUCCCGCCGCCGACCUGAGGUAGAGAGAGCAGCAGAGAGCCCGCCCCUCAGGCCUGCCAGGAAUAGCCCCCGGGUACAGGCGACCCGCAGGGCGGCGUUUGCGGCCCGCUCGGUACGGUGGGAGACCGCCAGUGGGCUAGAGGCCUUGUUAGAGUGCGGAGGGUCCGCGGGUAGUGCAGCGGUUACGGGCGUAGGUAGGGUGUGCGCGGCAGUGGUGGCCAUGGCGGACGCCAGGCUCCAGCAGCUGCGCCGCUCCAUUAGUUCCUGGAGCCUCUCUACCGUAAAGAAGCCCAAGAUCACCAUCCCCAAGUUCAAGAAGCCCAAACUCAAAGUCUUCGGUGGCAGCAAGAAAAACAGGGUUGACCCCAAGGAUGAGACGGCAGCUGCGGAGGAGGUGAAAGCGGCGCUCCUGAAGGCGGAGGGCGACGAAGAGACAGGAGAACCCGGGCAGGAGGGAGGAAGGGUAAGUGGUGAGGUAAUUCAUGAGCCUCAGUCAAGUGGGCAAAACGAGGCUCAGCCCACCAUAGUGCUAACCGUACACGACCGUGACAGCACGCCCGACCCUCCUCCCCCUUCCCCAAGUCCCGGGUUACUCGUCGGCAAUGACGAUCUUGAAUUUAUUGACUCUGAUGCGGAGACUGAUGACAGAGUUGUCGAAGCCAUUGGACCAGAUGUGGAGUAUAGUGAUCAAUGGUUCGACGCCCGUGGAACGCUCACUCGUUCCAAGGAAAAUCUGGUUCGUAACAUCGACGAUUAUGACGAAUGCCGCGUCAGUAAAUAUUAUGACGCAGCUGAUGAAACGGCUCCUCGACCAGCCGAAGAGUUGACAGGGGCGGAGACCACUGACAUUAGGGAGGAGAGAGGCUCAAUCAAAGCUCGUGAAUGGGUGCAGAGCUUCAAUGAGGAGGCAGAUCCGCGAGUAGAGCGUUGGAUGAGGAUGCAAAAAGCUAGAGAUCCAUCUAGUCUUCCAAAGAGCAGAUCUGAAAUUCGUCUUGAUCGUAUCGAAGACCCACCCGGGAAGUGGUCCGCCCGGGACGAAAUCCAGCUUAAUGCCACCGAGGGAGAUGGGGACUACGCUAGUUACCUCCGACGAGAAUAUAACGCAGAUGUCAAAAUAAAAGAGAAUAAACAACAAAAGGCUAACGAAAAGGAGAAGAUGUCUCGCAGAGAAAGUCUGAAGAAGAUAUUCCACGUGCGAGGAAAGUUGUCCAUCAAGCCUAUCGUAGAUUCACAGCGGCCAUCAUACACAGAUACAGACAUCUAUAUAGCUUCAGCUCCUUACGCUCUUGCGAACACCACAGACACCAGACAGGCCGAUGGAGAGUCCCUUGAUGUGUCUGAAGAUGGAAUCAACUGUAAUUCCAUCGACCUCGAUCCCACUAUGGAAGCGAGUCACCCUUCACUAGAUCCGAGACAAGAAGAUAGUAAGGAGUCAAUGUCAAAUUGUAAACCCACAACUAUUCCAGACAUUGUGAUCGACUCUCCGGGGGUGAACGAAAGGAGAGUGGAGUUCCUAACACAAAAAGUUGGGAAGGAGAGUCUGGAGGAGGACUAUGCUGCUGUAACCCAAUCAGAAAAUACCGUCUCAGAGCAGGUCACAACAGAGGCCGGUGACAACUCUACUCUAAAUGACGUCACCUGGACGGAAACUGAAGCCGGUGAAAGAGAUAUUACAGACUCAGCUUCUCGAGAACAAAUAAAGUCAAUGGAAGAUGAACCAGAUAUAGUGACAAGAGAACCAGAGGAAGAUUCAGAACCAGAAACAUUUUCGUAUGAACCCAUUGCCAAGCCACCUGAAGCCAAAGAAAUUAAUUCCACGGCACCUCCAGCAGAAGGUAAGAAAGAGACAAGUGAAUCGCUCGUGGAACAAGAAGUGUCCCUUAUAGCGUCGACUUCUGAAAACGAGACCUCGGCAGAUACCUCGAAACCGGAACCAAAGAAAAAGAAGAUUUCCGGAGCCAGCAUUCCAAAAUCUAUCAAAAGCUUUGCUGGCUCCCUGUUCUCCCAGCAGCCAAAUAGUAAAGGGAAGAACGAGAUCGGAGAAGAGAAAGAGGGAGAUAAAAAGAAAAAGAAAGCCAGGGUAAGUCCGUUUAACAAAGAUUAUCUUUUUAGAACCUAUACUAAAUCAGCAUCUGAAGAGGCACCAGUAGGCAAAAGUGUUCGGUCAGACAACGAAAAAGCUUCCCAGAGUACAAGUGAUCAACAAGCUGUUCACACAAAUAGUAACCCAUUCCUAGACGACGAUGGGAAUCCAUUUACGGAUGAAGAUGCAGAAGAACCAGAGCAAAAGAAGACUGAAGAGGAACCAGCAUUCACAGUGACAGAGGAAGCCAUACCCGACUUCCUACCCUCGCCAGACACAUUCGCAAAAGGAAACAUUCUCAGGGAUUCUCCAGAUAGCCUCGAGUACAUAUCAGUGAUAGAAUCUGAUGAUCAGAAAUCCAUUUCUAAUGAAUCUUCUCCUGGAUUGGGAACCUCGUUCGUGGAAGAGGGAGGCUUGAGAUUAAGAAAAGACGCGCUGCUCGCCAUAAAGUCUAUGGAAAACGACGACGCAUCAACACAUUACUACAGUUUCCUCAGCGCCACAGACGACUAUCAGACACCCACAAGAGAAAUGGAGGAGAGGGAGCAAACACCUACUCAACAAGUACUUCAGGGCGCCUCUCUACCCGAUGAUGAUCCCCAAAUUUUGCAAACUCUCCAGACUGUACCCACCCACAAGCCGACACCGGAAGUUGAAGUAAAAGAAGUUGUAAAUAACGAUGUACACAAGGCGGGUAACUGUGUGCUCGCCGAACCUCAACAGAUUAUUAAGACUGGAAAAUCUAUAAUAACGGAGGGAGACGUCGGCUACGCUAAAGUGAACAAAUCUCAAAAGCGAAACAAAGACGAUAGGUAUAACAUGAAUACUGAAAGCAGAGAGACACGCACACCACCAAAUGAAUCCAGUUCUUCACAAUUAUCUUCUGUUCCUUCCCAGUCAUCAGUAACUUCCAGAUCAGUAGCAGCUCCAUCAAGUCACGUAGCACCCCAGAGUAAUAACUCAAUUCCUCCAGAGGUUCCAAAAUUACAUCUGGAACGUAUUCAUUCGAUGGACAACCAAGUGCCUCCCAAGCCCAGCCCGAGAAGCAAAAAAGGAAGAUAUGGGUACUCAACAGGCACUGCCACCCUCACCACAACAACUUCUCCUCUUGCAACAAAACCUAACACUGAGACCCCAGUUGUAAGUGGAAAUGCCGAAAUUAACAAAAAUUAUAUUAAAAGUACACCAGUGAAACCCAUUGAAAGCACGCAGAUGGCCACCUUCCCCAGACGGAAAGCUCCAAGUAAGAGAGUUCAUGUGGUAGAGACGGAGAGAUUUUCUUCAGAUUCUGGGUAUGCAGGACCCGGGAGUAACUACUACGGAGGAAAUGACUCGGAGCCCAUUUAUUGGGAGAUCAGCGAGACAAAGGGGGCUCCACCAAGGCCCAGUCCUCGUACCAAGAAGGGACAAAGAACACCAAGUGAUACUUCCUUACGUCAAACCGUAACCCCUUCUCCACCUUCCCUCACUGACACCCCCUCACACACCACCUCUCUAGAGUCUCAACCAAUUCCUGAGUGGAUCAACAAGAGAGCGCCCAUACCGAGCCCACGUAACAAAAAGCAGAAUUCCCUUCAGUCCCUGCCUACAGUGGUACCGAGUGACGACACCAUGGAGUCAGUAAAAAAAAAACUUCAAUUGUUGUCCCACGAGCCCCUCCAAGACUCACGCAUACAGCAGCCCGCAAGAACAAAGGCAGCCCAGGAGGAGCAAUUCUAUAGCGGUAAGGCUGCCUCCAUAUCUUACGGCUUCACUCCAGCUGCACGCGUCGUCCCGCCAUCGCCGCCGCUGAGAGGAAGGAAAGCUUCACAGGUUUCUCUCCCGGCGGCCAUGGCGGCGGACGAGUUACUUUCCUGGCAACAGAAGAGAAGAUCUAUACACGCGGGUGACGGUAAUGGGACUAGGCCACCGUCAGUCAGGAGAGCGAGGCGUCGCACUGACCCCACCCAGGGCAUGACCUUACCCUCCUUCAAGUCUGCUGUACAGCGUCUAGGGGCGAGGGUGUUAUGCCUGACCGACUUGCUCUCAGCCGUGGGUCUCCCUGACGAGGCCACCAAGCAGAAGACGGAGGACCUACUGACAGAUUUGUUGUACUCGGUUCACUCACUCAUGGGCGGCGCGGGUGAUGGCAUGUGGCAUGUCAUCACUGCUGCUUCAGCUGGUGGCCAAACCACAUCGGGGUCCUCCAACCGCACCAGCGUCUCUCUCGAGCAAGUCUUACAAGUCCUUCAGGAAGCCUUCCAGGUCAACCAGGACACAGUGGAUCGUCUUACCCAAGAAGUGCAAAGUAGAGCGGCUCCUGAGGUCAACCUCCACCUGAGUUUGAAAGAGGCCAAGGAACUACGACCGAAGACUGUCAAGGGAACAACAAACUGUUUCGUCACACUGGCCAUCCCGAGCAGCGGCAAGUCACAGAGGUCGAGACUAGAGAAAGAUACAUUAAUCCCCAAGUGGAACCAAGACUUUACCUUACGCGUGCAUAACCUCCAGAAAGAUGUUCUUCGCUUAGAAAUAUGGCAUGAGUACGAUGCUUUGAAAGUUAAGCAGUUGACAGCUGUUCGGGAUAUUAAAGGACUUGGUCGCCUGGUGCGGGGCACAACAGCUCAGGCGCGGCACCAACCUCCUCACCUUCUUGGUCAGGUCACCAUCAGUGUGAAGGAUGUGAGUGAGCAUGGACUGAACGGCUGGUACUCCCUGGGGAAGGAAGAGGGUGAGGCUGGCAAGGACCGAGGCAGUAUUUACCUCGAGGGCUCCGUGUCUUCCUCCGCCCAUCUUGAGAACAAAAACCGACACUCUUAUGAUUCGCUGUUGGCACGUUUAGUCCACCACCAGCUGAAGAACUCUACCAACAACAACCACCAAGAAAAUGAAUGGUCAACACCGUGGAAUGGUCGCGUGAAUAGCAGCGCAGCGGCCGCCUUAGCUCAGUAUGCUAUAAUGCUGGAUCUGAAUGACGCCUCCCUCCAGUUGUCUUGGUGGUGUGUGGGCAGCCGUGUUGCUACUGUCGACGCUGCCUGGACACUCUCCCAGCUCCAUCGAGUACAAGCUGCCUUGGGCAAGAAUUCUUAUCAGGAGGAAGACUUGGCUGAGUUGCGGACGUCUUUAGUGAGCUUCGUGUGUGCCAGUAGUGAUCGCCUCAAAGAUCUACACACAGCAUAUCCUCCCUCCUCUAAGGUUCUCGCGCAGCAUCAACUCUCAUACACACUCAAAGCACUACAGAGUAUCCAGACCCACAAAGGCACCCGGGAACUACUGGAUCAGGAGAGAUUGCCUCACUUGCACGAGACUGUUAUAACCAGCCUAGCAGAGCAUGCCAAAACCUGGUGGAUGAUGAUGAUUAAGGAUCAACUACGAGGAACGGUGACAGUAGACGAGCAGAUCACCCCAGUCAUUAAUAUUGUGGACGAGUCGAACAAAUUUCUAACUCAAGCUGCUGAAUUCUACAAUGGUAUCUUCCUAAAGGAGAUGAACAUCUCGUACAUGCAGACAACUUACCUCAUGGUGAGUAAGAAGGUCAACCCAUGUGUCCGGCCACUGGUCAUGAACAUCUACAACCGCAUGCCAGCAAUCAAUGACCACAAAAAAGAUGCUGACGAUGUUCAAUACGCCCUGGAGGUGGGCACGUCACUCUGGCAGCUGUACAUGAAUCUUUGUCGCCUGAACAAGUUGGGUGAGUCGCUGCCUAUAGAAGCUCGUGUAGAGUCUGGUGUUCGGAAGUACCACCGAUGGUUCUCGCGAGGAGUAAUGAGGUGGCUUGAGCUAGCCAUAAUUCGUGCUCGGAUUAUGAUUGAAAAGGCUGUCGACCUGGACUCCUUUGAGCUUGUGGACGAGUUAUGUAACUUCAGUUCUUCUUCAACCGACACCAUUGCAAUAUUCCAUGAUGUGAAAAUCUGGUGGUUAAAGCUGGCGUGGCCAGAUCCAGAGAACAGCGCUGUAUUACUGGCCAAAAUCCUAGAAGAUAUCUGCUCGUGUGGGACAUACUACUCAGACCUUCUGAGAGACAAGGUUGACCGCAUGUUCUGCAGACAAGAUAACUCCAGCAGCGUCUUCAUUACACGACAGAUCUGUGUGGGCCUCAACAACAUCGAGAGAGUCCGACGAGAACUAACAGGACUACCAGGCCAUUUUGGCUUUGAUGUUCUCCUGGAGGACGUCAGAGUGACAGGCAGCGGCAUCGGGGCAGCAACACAACUUGAGUCUACCGUUGAGAGGCUUAUAUACAAUGCAGCUGACAAUAUGGAGAAUAAAGUCAAUGAAUUUAUUGAAACUGUAAUAGAAAACAUAAGACCCACACUAAGGAGAACUGUAAAUCAAGCCUGUGAUAUACAAAAUGCAGCCCCGUUCUUGGCUGAGGUUCUUGGACCUGCCAUCAAACUCCUUCACACCCACCUGCACACCUCCAACUUCCAGAGGUUCUUGUGGCGUGUGUGGGAGGUCAUUAUUGAUAUAUUCCACGCCACUGUCAUUGAAAAUUCAGAGGGAAGAAAGGCUAGCUACUUUGGUGGUGUACACAGCAUCUUGCAGGAGACACUUAGAUUCUUCUCACAAAAUGAAGGAAUUGGUUUAGACGAGCAUACGGCACAGACUACAGAAUACACAUCUCUCAUAGAGUUGUUGGAGAGUCUCAGAAUGUCCACCGAAGCGUUGAUUGCAAAAUAUUAUCAGGAACGCCACGAAGAACAGGUGGAAGACAUUUUACCUUCAAAAGCCCAACUUGUGGUAAAGACGUUGUUCACUCGUCCUGGAAAACUGAUUGUAGACGUACUUAUGGCCCGCGACAUUGUGGUAGAAAGUGAUGCCUGUAGUGUCAGUUCCCGUAGUGGCCCUCACCUUCUUCAUCACAGUCAGUUGGUUGAUUCCUAUGUUAAAGUUCAGUUAGUACCUCAGGAGUGGUUCCCUCAUGCCAUCCACAAGACCAAAACCCUGCGUAAGCAAGACCCAGCUGUUUAUGAGGAACAAUUCGAAUUCGAUAUGAGCAGGGGUGAUGAUGGGGUCCGUGCUGGCUUCUUGUUGUUCACUCUCAAAGACUACAACCUGGGACGUACUAACACCUUCAUAGGGGAAGCCUUGGUGCCCCUGGCAGACCUCCCAGUAGUAGACUCGUCUCAAGUUCACACUGUUUCUCCCAAGUACCUCAAGAUGACGACUCCUGGCCUGCGUAUAGGAUAUAAAUCUCUUAGGGCACUGCAAUGCAGAUCAACAGACAAGACCGCCACUACUUUCUGGAAGAAAGUUGCAAAACGACUACCAGAUUCUAAGUCAACACUUCGACCAGAUGAAGAGAAAGGAAGAUCAAGAAGUCCGACUUUAAAAGAAAGGCUAAAGUUCUCUUGAGGCAACUAUAACACAUCAAUAUUCUAUGGUGUAGUGCAUACCAUACCAUGAGGUAGUGGACGGCUUCUUACCACAAGAGCCACAGAAGUGUGUCAGUUUAUCACCCACUUGGCUCCUCAGGCAGGCCAGUGGAAGUGGGAGGUGCAGCUAAUGAUUUGGAGCGAAAAAAAUAGAAAGAAUUUUAGAUGGAACAAGUUUAAGUAUAUUGAUUGAUAUUCAUCUUUUUGAGUUGUCCCAUUUAUAUUACAGAACCAGCUGGACUUGGUAAAUAAACUGGGGCAUUAUCAUGAGUCCGGCAAUAAAGACUGUGUAUAAUGUAUAUCCUUCAUUAAGUGUGAUCCUGUGUAUAAGAGUUGAGUCAGUUUUUGCGAUCAACACAUUGCCCGGUUCCGUAAACCUGUCGUGUAUGGCUGUGAGCCCAGGGUACCGUUAUGGGUGGGGCUGUGCUCAGGCGAGUAUUGUUGACUACAGUAUAUCUAAAAUGCCUCGAGGAUUUCCUUUGACUUCUUUGGUUGCAAUCCAGUAUUUAAAGAUAAUAUUUUUCCUUGGCAAUACUUAAUGUUAAUUUUAUCGUGAUAGAGAAGAAAUUUUUUGGAGUGCUGUCAAGUUACGAUGAAUUUAUCAUACGCUGACAAAAUUAUUGUAGUACAAUGAUGUGCUUGCUUCAUGUGUCAUCUAUCGUCUCUAGUCUAUCUGUUAAAGUUUUGCUUCCCGUGCAUUUUUACACCAAUCACCAAUUAUAUUUAAAUUCUUAGGAGUGUUACCAGUGUAAACAUACAGACCAAGUUUGAUUUUGACGACUCUAGCUUGUACGGGUCCAGGGUUGUGUCUCUUAAAUUUAUCAAAGCAAAAAGUUGGUAAUUUUCUUGCAGUCAGCUGAUGGGCCAUUACACUCCCCAGGUGGAACAUUUUCAUCACAUUAUAACACAGUCCAGGUACUGUACAGCUCGAGGGAAAAAAUAUUUUGUGAUAGAUAUAUUUGAUAUAUUAUUCCCAUGCGUUGCAUUCAUCAAAAACAGCAUUUCUACACAAUAUCAUAUACCUUUAUAAAUAAUGCUCAAGUCCAUUAAAUCUUUAAAAAAAAAAACGAAGAUAUGCGACUUGUCACUCUCAAACAGCAAAUAACACGCUGUGACAGAAUAAGUUCAUCAAUUUGUAAUAAAUUUUGUGUGUAGCUGUAAAUAUGCCUUUUAUUUUACUACUGUACAAUUGAUUAUAUGAAUAGAUGGAGUUUGAUAUCAGUGAUUGAUUAGUACGUGAUUGUUAUAUUUUUGUGUAAAGUCCCUGGUUCACAAGUUCUCCAUAAUGUAAUACUCGUUAUUACUGUAAGUGUUCAGCUAGUCAUGGUGGUCACAGGUGUUAUGUGAAGACGUAUCUGAUUUAUCAUAACUAUGUAAACAGUUAAUGCCUUGUUUUAUAUGCUGUAAAAUAAAACAUAUUUAUAAUAUA